AGUAAGAAAAAAGCUUUUAUGAGGUAUCAGCACUUUUCUUUCAUUAGGGGGAAGGAGUGAGGAAAGUACCAAAUAGCUGAAGACUUUUAAACUUUAAAUAGACAGGUCUGAGGGCCUGGACUUGUUUUUGCAUUUGACUUCAUUCUCUGAGGAGUUCAAUCACUUGGCGUGACUACUUCACUUCUUUCAAGAGAAACAGUGGUGCCCAGGCAACAUGGGUGACUGGAGUGCCUUAGGCAAACUCCUUGACAAGGUUCAAGCCUAUUCUACCGCUGGAGGGAAGGUGUGGCUGUCAGUCCUUUUCAUUUUCCGAAUCCUGCUACUGGGGACAGCAGUUGAGUCAGCCUGGGGUGAUGAGCAGUCUGCCUUUCGCUGUAACACUCAACAACCUGGUUGUGAAAACGUCUGCUAUGACAAAUCUUUCCCAAUCUCUCAUGUGCGUUUCUGGGUCCUGCAGAUCAUAUUUGUGUCUGUUCCCACACUCUUGUACCUGGCUCAUGUGUUCUACGUGAUGCGAAAGGAAGAGAAACUGAACAAGAAAGAGGAGGAACUCAAAGCCCAAACUGAUGAUAGGAAUUUGGAGAUGCACUUGAAGCAGAUUGAAAUAAAGAAGUUCAAGUAUGGCAUCGAAGAGCAUGGCAAGGUGAAAAUGCGAGGGGGUUUGCUGCGAACCUACAUCAUCAGUAUCCUCUUCAAGUCUGUCUUUGAGGUAGCCUUCUUGCUGAUCCAGUGGUACGUCUAUGGAUUCAGUUUGAGUGCUGUUUACACUUGUAAAAGAGAUCCCUGCCCGCAUCAGGUGGACUGCUUCCUUUCUCGUCCCACAGAGAAAACCAUCUUCAUCAUCUUCAUGCUGGUCGUGUCCUUGGUGUCUCUUGGCUUGAACAUCAUCGAACUCUUCUAUGUCUUCUUCAAGGGUGUUAAGGAUCGCGUGAAGGGAAAGAACGAUCCUUACCACACUACCAGCAGCCCACUGAACCAUGCCAAAGACUGUGGAUCUCCAAAAUAUGCUUAUUUCAAUGGCUGCUCCUCCCCAACCGCUCCCCUCUCACCCAUGUCUCCUCCCGGGUACAAGCUGGUUACCGGAGACAGAAACAAUUCUUCCUGCCGCAAUUACAACAAACAAGCAAGUGAGCAAAACUGGGCUAAUUACAGUGCAGAACAAAAUCGAAUGGGGCAGGCAGGAAGCACCAUCUCUAACUCCCACGCACAGCCUUUUGAUUUCCCUGAUGACCACCAGAAUUCUAAAAAGCUCGAUGCUGGCCAUGAACUACAGCCUCUAGCCAUUGUGGACCAGCGGCCUUCCAGCAGAGCCAGCAGUCGUGCCAGCAGCCGACCUCGGCCUGAUGACCUAGAGAUCUAGGUCCAGUCUUGAGAGCAUAAAGAUUCCACUCAGUUGUGGAGAAGAAAAAGGUGCUAUAGAAAGUGCACCUUAGGUGUUCAUUUUUUUUCCAGUGGAGGUGGUACUCAACAGCCUUGUCACGAGGCUUAGAAAACACAAAGACAUUAGAAUACCUGGUUCACUGGGGGUGUUAGGGAUAGGCAGGUGGAGAGGGAAGGGAUGAGAGAGGUACAUGUUGGUAUUUAAUGUAGUUGAUUCAAAGAACUUAAAUUUUAAAUAAAAGUUGCAUUAGGUGAUCCAUAGUUAAGGGCUUUUUCCUCCCCACACACCCUUAAGAAUACUUCUGUGUAUGUGAAAGACUGGGUGGGUGAUAUUUUUGGUUAAAUACUUUUUUGUUUUACCAAGAAACUGAAAUAACUUUGGCCAGGAGAAAAUACUUCCUGAACAUCCUACUUCUCUUUAUCAAGAAGAAGACAGAGGAUUGUCCUUAUGUCCCUGCUAAAACAUUCCAUUGUUAAAAUUUGCACUUUGAAGGUAAGCUUUAUAGGCCUGACCCUCCAGGUGUCAAUGGACUUGUGCUACUAUAUAUUUUAUUCUUGGUAUCAGUUAAAAGUUCAGACACGGCCCACAGAAGAAGACUUUCCAUGCAUUUGCAAAUCUCAGCCAGUUUUACGUACAUUCUUUUUUACAUCCACGUUAUUAUUACCAUCACUUUGCAUCAUUCCUCAACUACUAUUCACAUUCAUUUAAUGAUUUCUGUAGACAUUUAAAAAACAGUUGGGAUAUCACUUACCAUUUUUUGAGUUAAAGUCAGGGAAGCAAGCCAUGCUCAGUGUUUAACAAUCACUUGUAUGUGAAUGUGUGUGGAAGAGUGUGUUUUAUUUGUCAUGUAUUGGUACAAGCAGAUGCAGUAUAAACUCACAAACACAGAUUUGAAAAUAAUGCACACAUGGUGUUCAAAUUUGAACCUUUCUCAUGGAUUUUGUGGUGUGGGCCAAUAUGGUGUUUACAUUAUAUAAUUCCUGCUGUGCAAGUAAAGCACAUUUUUUUUUUCCCCUAAAAUGUUUUUUCUCCAUGUAUCCUAUUAUGGAUACUGGUUUUGUUAAUUAUGAUUCUUUUUUUUUUUCUUUUUUCUUUUUUUAGAAUAUAGCAGUAAUGCUAUUGCUGAAAUGAAUGAUUUUCUUUUUCUGAAAUAUAAUCAUUGAUGCUUGAAUGAUAGAAUUUUAGUACUGUAAACAAGCUUUAGUACUUAAUGUGAGAGACUUAGAAAAAAUGCUUAGAGUGGACUAUUAAGUGUGCCUAAAUGAAUUUUGCAGUAACUGGUAUUCUUGGUUUUGUCCUACUUAUGCACAUUAAUUCAGAACUUUUAUUCUAUCAUGAGUUUGACAGUCUUUUGGAGUAACCAGCAACUUUGAUGUUUGCACUAAGAUUUUAUUUGGAAUGCAAGAGAGGUUGAAAGAAGUUUCAAUAGUACACAUGUAACUAAUUUAUUUGAAAUCUAUCCUAAAGAAAUCUACCAGUUUCUUCAAAUGUCUUUUUAAAAUUCAUCACGGAUGAUUAGUGAAAAUGCAGAGUAUCAUACUUUUCUUCUUGCAUGUCAACUACGUAAGCAGUUUUGUACAAUGAGAAAUACUAAUUUGUUUGACAUUCCAUGUUAAACUACUGUCAUGUUCAGCUUCAUUGCAUGUAAUGUAGACCUAGUCCAUCUGAUCAUGUGUUCUGGAGAGUGUUCUUUAUUCAAUAAAGUUUUAAUUUAGUAUAAAGAUAGCCUUUAUAUCCCAUGUGAUUUUUUAAAACUUUUAUUGCAUCAAUUCACAAUUAUCAAAGACAUUUCCAUUGGUUAUGAGGAUAUGGGCAAAUAAGAUUCACAAGAUUCCAGAAUCUUUAAAAGGACAGUAUUUAUUAUUAGCUAGAUUCAGUGCAACAUUGAUGAACAUAUUUGGAUAUUUAUUCAACAGAGAAGGUAAAGUAUUAGAGUGUUGAAUUUGGAAUAUAAAAUUAAUGAGAUGUGUGAUAGAGUCUAAAGUGAGUAAUUUAGUAGAUCCAUACAUGACAGAAGUAAGCAUAAAAAGAUGAGGGUGCUAAAAUUUUAAAGCUAUAGGGCCUCCCAGAUAUAAAAGAAUAAUGCAGGGUUGGUUUGAGUAUGGUUAUGCUGUGUGACAAAAGAAUGAAAUAGAUCUAUGAUUCUAUUUUUCCAAGACAUUGUGAAAACACAGAAAAUAUGAAUUUUAAAAUUCUUAACACCCAAGAAAAAUUGAACCAUUCAUAGGGACAAGAACAAUUCUGGGCAACUGAUAGUAUUGCUGUAGUUUAAAAUAUAAAAUGUGUUAUCACUUUUAAGUCACAUUUCAACAAAUUUUUUUUUUUUCCACACCAUGUGGCAUUUGGGAUCUUAGUUCCCAGACCAGGGAUCAAACCCAUGCCCCCUGCAGUGGAAGCACGGAGUCUUAACCACUGACCGCCAGGGAAGUCCCAAAAGCUUUUAACUUACUAACAUUGUUUACAUGAACACAUCACAAAGCAAACCAGUAAAUGCCUGGAACAUAAAAAUAUUACUAGUUUAGAAAUAACCUAGUUCUGUUCAGUGGCUUCUUUUUUUUUUUUUUUAAUUAAUGAACAAAUGUUACAGGAUGUGCCUAAAGUCAAAGGAUUGUCUACUAACCAGUUUCUGAGUCAAUAUAAUUGGUAGUAUCAACAUGUCUUCAAGUAUUACCAUUUGUCUGGCUGAGAAUCUGAAGGGAGAGGCAAGUUUUCUCUGUGCAUGUAUGUGUUUGCAUUUACUACGGGGAAUAAAGAAAUGUGGUUUAUUUGAA